UUUUUCUGAUUCCUCUGUCUGCACGCCCAAUUUCUGUUGUUGGCGUCGCUCUCAUGGAGGAAACUGAGACAGGAAGCGACGGAAUGAAUAAAUAUGGCGCAGGCAAGACUCAAAACCAAAACCGACUUUCUCUUAAAAACCAGUCUCGUUUUAACAAGUAUUCAAUAUGGAAAGACAAGCUAAGAGAAAACUGUUACAGAAGGGUUCGAGAGGAUAGGACAAGUUUGCUUUGGAAAAUGAGGUCGCCGACUUCUCAAUCUCUAGAUCAUAAGGAUUUGAUCAAGUCUGCUUUCCAGAAUAUUGUUUCUGAUGAAUUGAAAAAGAUCAAGGAUUCUUCAUUAGCAGAAUGUUUGGAAAUCUCUACUUCAACCCCUCAUACUGACGAUAUGUUAUGGGAAUAUGAUGGCCUUCAUAGUGCUCAUGAAGGUGAAUGUGAAGAGAUACUAUUAGAAAUGCAACGGAUAUUUUAUGAGGAUCUGGGAGCAGAACCAACAAGAAAAGAACCAGACAAUCUGGUUGGAACUUGGGAAGAUGAAGAAGAUGAGUACUUGGCUCGUGCGGUUUAUGAGAAUAUGCAAUUGAAUGAUGAGCAGGUACAUAAGCAGACUUGGUGUCCCAUUUGUAAGCGAGGAGAGUUGCAAGAGAACCAUCGGCUUAUCUUUUGCACUGUUUGUGAACUUCAGCUCAACAAAGACAAUGAGGUAAACUUGGAUGCUUUGAGGGACCGAUUGGCAGAAGCUCUUGCAGAACAUUUUGAGAAGGGCUGCAGUUUGAAACCACGGUUUUGUAUUGAGACUCGUUUUAAUAUAACUGCAUUGUACAUAUUUUGUGAGGGUUGCAGUAUAUUUGAGAUCAUCGUAUAGCUCUUCCUUUUAUUUUUUCUUUGAAGGAAAUUCUUUAGUUUUCCUGCUAGUAUUAUGAAUUCAUUUUUCACUUAUUUCCAAAACAGUACUUUCAGUAGCUCCACACUGGUUGGUCACCUAGUUCGGGGAUCCGUACAAAUACAAACGAUGGGAAAACACAGUUUCCUUCACAAUACUCCUGCCCUCUAUCCAUUGCCGGGAAGUGUAUUAGAACAUCUGGAAAAUGGAAUAGAACGUGGGCUUUGAUAUUGCUAAUUAAAA